UCACAAAUCACCAUCAAAAUUCGCGCAUUAUGGACACAAAAUAAAUAAAAAAAUUCACACACUCCCCACAACAAUGUAAGAUGUAUGGAAUCCAAUCAUUAAAAUGUUUAACAAUCAGUUAGUUCAACCUACCAUAGAAAAUCAGAGAUUCUAUGGCCCUCAAGUUCCUUACCAGAGACCGCCAGACGUUGUAGGAGAGGGUGAUGUCGUUCCUGCAAAUUUUCAAGACGGGUCCAUACACCUUUAUUUUGUGCCUGUGUUAAGGCGCCCAUAUCAGCUUUACUACCCUGGAAGUACUACCUAUCCUCUGCCUGUGAAUUCUGAAUGCUGGUACAUAAGGAGCGUUUGUAAUGAAAAUCCGUCAACGUUUUUAAGUUAUUUUAUAAAUAACGUUUCUGCACAAAUGUAUUCCAACAAUUUAACAAGAGAUACCAGUUACGACUGCUACGCUAAUCAAUACUUGCAAAAGUUUCACAACGACCACUCCACGUCUACAACGGACAUCCACUACUUCUAUCCCUCCUUACGGAACGCUGAUCAAAAGCUAAGCAUAUGCGCGGCAGUUCAAACCGAAUUCGAAAAUUUCAUAUGCUGCAACUGUUUGCGCAAUUCACAAAGAACUUACGACGAAAUGUGCAUCGAUGAAGGAACAAGUAGGUACACUCAUAUCGAAAAAUUAAAUGAAAAGUCAAACAAACUCGUCGCAACUUAUACGGAUGCUUCUAGUAACCACACCGAGGGUUUUAACCGCGAGACUCAGACUGAAUUGAGAAGGAUGGGCAGAAGUGACAUCAUCGCUAAAGAGGAAUACGUACCGAAGAAAAAAGCGAGAAGACCGAGGCGUGGGUCUUGUUCAAGUGACUGUAGCUGUUCAGACUUGCGAUAACAUUGGUGCAAUAUCAUUGUAUAAUAUAAUUGGUUAAAUAUCAUGUCUCUUCCUCUCAUUCCAAAACGAAAAGUCUGAACAAAUUGGGCUUAAUGUUAGCUAUAAUUUAAACUGGAAUCUGCAAGCUUUGAACUUAUUACUUAUUAGGUAUACCAACAGUCUUUAGGCAAUCACAAGUCACUAAAAUAGAUAUUAAAUAAGGGUGAAAAUUGAAAUAACCAUGUGAUUAUAAUUUCUUAUAAUAUUUUCAUUCCUUAAUUCUAACAUGUAUUUACAUUCCGAAAUAUUACAAUAAUAAACAAAAACAAAACGAGAUUUUUAUUUCAUUG